CGGGGUUUUCUAGCGUCUCGCCGCAAUGCCUCCAACACACAGCAAUGCCGUUAGGCAGGCAAUUGGCAAUUCCCCAUUCAUAUACGGGACUGCCUGGAAAAAAGAUGCGACGACAAAGCUCGUCAGUCAAGCUUUGUCCGCUGGUUUUGUAGCCAUUGAUACAGCUGCCCAACCUCGACACUACCGCGAAGACCUUGUCGGCACCGGAAUGAGAGAGAGCCUGGUUUCAAAUAACAUGAAGAGAGAGCAACUAUACGUCCAAACGAAAUUUACGUCCCCGGCUGGGCAAGACCUAAACAAUAUGCCGUACUCCGCCGAAGCCCCCCUCGAAACACAGCUCCAUACCUCAGUCAAGUCGUCGCUGCAUAAUCUCCGUCCGACCGACGAUCUCAGUAGCAUGGAUUCCUCCUACAUCGACUGCUUGCUGCUCCAUUCACCACUUCAGACAACACGCGCCACUAUGGAGGCAUGGAAGGUUUUGGAAUCAUAUGUCCCCCACAGCAUCCGUUACCUUGGUAUCUCAAACGUAACAUUGCCAGUGCUCAAGGCGCUCUACAAUGGGUCGACAAUCAAGCCUUCGGUUGUGCAAAAUCGGUUUUAUCUAGCCACAGCGUACGACGUGCCGCUAAGGCGUUUCUGCCGGGAAAAGGACAUUGUGUACGAAAGCUUUUGGACCCUGACGGGAAAUCCUGGACUUUUACAAUCGACUCCGGUCGUGAUGCUAGCGCAAUUUGCAGGCGUGAGCAAAGCUGUUGCGUUGUAUUCUCUAGUCACGGCACUGGAUGUUGUGGUGCUCAAUGGGACGACGAACGCGGAGAGGAUGAGGGAAGACUUGCAAGGUGCAGAGAAGGUGCAGCAGUGGGCGCGGAAGAUGCAGGAUAGCUGGAAUACUAUUCUUGGAGAUUUUAAGCACCUUGUUGGGGACACCGACGUGGAAUAACUAUAUAUAGGUUUGGUAGCUCAAUACGAUGCGUACAGAUGCUAGUUAUACUAGUAGUAAGCCCUUUUAUUGCUUUCUCUCUAAUUUUUUAAAGAUAGAUAAAAAUAUAAGUCUG